AUGGUACUUGGUCACGGGACGACGGUUCUCCCAACGUUCAUGCCAGUGGCGACACAAGCUGCUCUCAAGGGCCUUACACCUCAGCAAGUCGAACAAUUAGGGGUCUCUCUCAUGCUCAACAACACGUAUCAUCUCAAUCUCAGACCAGGGACAGAAGUACUUAGACAAGCAGGCGGAGCGCACGCCUUUCAAGGAUGGCGACGGAAUCUCUUGACGGUAUAUGUCCCUUCCAUCUUCUACCAGCCCGACACGGCGAUAUAUGGGGAUGAUAUCAACCUCCCAGUACAGGACAGUGGUGGAUUCCAGCUUGUGUCCCUCAGCUCGUUUACGGAGAUCACAGAAGAAGGCGCCUUGUUCGCUAGCCCGUUCACUGGCGAGCCUACGAUGCUCACGCCAGAGGAAUCAAUCAACAUUCAGCACGCAAUUGGGGCUGAUAUCAUAAUGCAACUAGACGACGUUGUGUCGAGCUUGACCACUGGUCCCCGAGUAGAAGAGGCAAUGGAGCGCUCGGUUCGAUGGUUAGAUCGAUGUAUAGCAUUUCACAAGGCGUCGGGGAACGACAAAACGCAGAACCUGUUCGCUAUUAUUCAAGGCGGCUUGGACGAGGGACUGCGCAAACGGUGUCUGGAAGAAAUGAUAAAAAGGAAAGACGACAUUCCCGGAUAUGCAAUCGGUGGACUGAGCGGUGGCGAGGAGAAAGACAUCUUUUGGCGGAUAGUACAUUUGUGCACUGAUUAUCUUCCCGAGGAUCGACCAAGAUACUCCAUGGGUGUCGGAUUCGCCGAGGGCAUGUUAUCCUAUUUGGUCGUCUGUGUGGCUCUUGGAAUCGACAUGGCAUGUGCGGCGGACUGUGUAUUCCCCACCCGAACAGCCCGCUUUGGCGUUGCGCUGACCUUCAAGGGCCCACUGAAUCUUCGGCUGAGCCAUCAUUCUUCCGACUUUGGACCAAUAGAUGAAGAAUGUCCAUGCCCAACCUGCUCAAGCGGAACAUCCCGCUCCCUCCUACACGUCCUCAUUACGCACGAAACUGUAGCAGCACAUGCCAUUACGCAGCACAAUGUUGUCUUCCAAGCCCGUCUCAUGGGGCGAAUACGCGACGCAAUUCUCGAGGACCGAUUCCCGGCAUUUGCAAAAGCAUUCUUCAAAGAUUACUUUGGUUCAUCCGGGUAUCCGAGAUGGUGUGUGGACGCGCUAUGGAGCGUUGGGGUUGAUCUACUGGAUAAAGACAUUGAGACUCUAUCCGAAGAAAUCAAGGUCCUCGAAGGUGAUGGGGCCAAAUGGGAGUAUAGCAAGUCAUGA